GGCCCCUUGUCCGGCCACCCCCACUGCCCAGUCCCGCUCCCGCCCGCGGCGGCCGCAGCAGCCGCAGCAGUAGCGGCUCCAGGAUGGUGAGCGCCGCUGCCCCCCAGCCCCGGCCUGUCGCCCCCGGCCCGCGCCCCAGCCCCGGGGCCGGACGCCCCCCCAGGCCACGCACACUCACCUAGGACCCGGCCGGGAUGCCGAGCUCUGUCGAAGAUGCACUGGACACCGGAACACGCCCAGCCCCUCAACCAGUGGCCAGAGCAGCACCUGGACGUCUCCUCCACCACCCCGUCGCCGGCCCACAAGUUGGAGUUGCCCCCCGGGGGUCGCCAGCGCUGCCACUAUGCUUGGGCACACGACGACAUCUCUGCCCUCACUGCCUCCAACCUCCUCAAGCGCUACGCAGAGAAGUACUCGGGGGUCCUGGACUCGCCUUACGAGCGCCCCACCCUGGGCGGCUACGGCGACGCCGCCUUCCUCAACGGCGCCAAGGGGGACCCCGAGCCCUGGCCGGGGCCGGAGACCCCCUACCCCUUGGCCUCGCUCCACGAGGGCCUCCCGGGAACCAAGUCGGGCACUGGGGGCGGCUCCGGGGGCCUCGGGGGUUCCCCGGUUUUAGCCGGUAACCUGCCUGAACCCCUCUACGCCGGCAACGCGUGCGGGGGCCCGUCGGCGGCGCCCGAGUACGCGGCGGGCUACGGCGGGGGAUACCUGGCGCCCGGUUACUGUACGCAGACCGGCGCCGCGCUGCCCCCACCGCCCCCGGCCGCGCUCCUGCAGCCCCCGCCCCCGCCGGGGUACGGCCCCUCUGGGCCUCUGUACAACUACCCAGCGGGGGGCUACGCCGCGCAGCCGGGCUAUGGGACCCUCCCACCGCCGCCCGCCCCGCCCCCGGCCCCCUACCUAACCUCGGGCUUGGCGGCGCCCACGCCCCUGCCCACGCCCGCCCCGUCCCGGCCACCGCCCUCCUCCUACGGCUUCCAGGGGGCCUCGGAGGCCGGGGUGUCGCUGAAGCGCAAGGCCGCCGACGAAGGCGCCGAGGGCCGCUACCGCAAGUACGCCUUCGAGCCCGCCAAGGCCCCGGCGGCCGACGGCGCCUCCUACCCCGCCGCGGACAACGGCGAGUGUCGGGGCAACGGGUUCCGGGCGAAGCCGCCGGGAGCGGCGGAGGAGGCAUCAGGCAAGUACGGUGGCGGCGUCCCCCUCAAGGUCCUGGGCUCCCCCGUCUACGGCCCGCAACUCGAGCCCUUUGAGAAGUUUCCGGAGCGAUCCCCGGCGCCGGCUCCCCGCGGGGGCUUCGCGGUGCCGUCGGGGGAGCCUCCCAAAGGUGUGGACCCGGGGACCUUGGAGCUGGUGACCAGCAAGAUGGUGGACUGCGGGCCGCCGGUGCAGUGGGCGGACGUGGCGGGCCAGGGCACGCUCAAGGCGGCGCUGGAGGAGGAGCUGGUGUGGCCCCUGCUGAGACCGCCCGCCUACCCCGGCAGCCCGCGCCCGCCGCGGACCGUACUGCUCUUUGGGCCGCGGGGCGCCGGCAAAGCGCUGCUGGGUCGCUGCCUCGCCACGCAGCUGGGCGCAACGCUGCUGCGCCUGCGCGGAGCCACGCUUGCCGCGCCGGGCUCUGCUGAGGGCGCGCGCCUCCUCCAGGCCGCCUUCGCGGCUGCGCGCUGCCGCCCGCCCGCCGUGCUCCUCAUCAGCGAGCUGGACGCGCUGCUGUCGGCUCGGGAGGACGGCGCGACCGCCGCGGGCGCGCUGCAGGCGCCGCUCCUGGCCUGCCUGGACAGCGGCUGCGGCGCGGGAGCCGACGGCGUGCUGGUCGUGGGCACCACCUCGCGGCCCGCGGCCCUGGACGAGGCGACUCGCCGGCGCUUCGCUCUCCGCUUCUACGUGACGCUGCCCGACGGCCCGGCCCGCGGGCAGAUCCUGCAGCGGGCGCUGGCCCAGCAGGGCUGCGCGCUGAGCGAGCGGGAGCUGGCGGCCCUGGUGCAGGGCACCCAGGGCUUCUCCGGGGGCGAGUUGGGGCAGCUGUGCCACCAGGCGGCGGCCGGGGCGGGCCUCCCGGGGCUGCAGCGCCCCCUCUCCUACAAGGACUUGGAGGCGGCGCUGCCCAAGGUGGGCCCUAGGGCCUCGCCCAAGGAGCUGGACUCGUUCAUGGAGUGGGACAAAAUGUACGGCUUCGGACACUGAAGGCGCUCCGUGAGGCCGCGGGAGCCGCCGCCCCCUCCCCGCCCCUCUGUUCGGGAGGGACGUCUUUAACCCCACCGGGCUGGGGGGUGCGGAGUGAGGGAUAUGGGGUGGAGGAGAGAAGGGGGCUGCCGGUGGAUGGUUUUUGUUCGUGGGAAGGAAAAUGCUUCUGCUAGGCAGAUAGAUGCCGUAUGCGCUGUGUACUCAGGUUUUUUCCUAUUUAUUGUGGACGGGAAGCUCGCCAUCUCCGCCCCGCGGACGGCCGGCCCGGGGGCCGAAGGAACUCCUGCUCUCUCGCCACAAUCCUUUUGUCUCCUUGCUCUCUGAAUGGCUCCCUCCCCCUCUUCCACUUCCCCCUUUCUCUGCGUUCGCGUAGUUUUCUUUCCCCGUCGCUUUGUCACUGCGUUCGCGUAGUUUUCUUUCCCCGUCGCUUUGUCACUGACCAUACCUCCCCCCCAUCCCCCCGCCCCGCGCUGGCCCUGUUUCUCUUUUGCUCCUCCCUCCCCUGUCUCUCCAUCUAUCACCCUCUGUGCUUCUGUCUCCAUCCCUUGCUCUCCAGCCCCUCUUGUCUCUUGGUCCCUCUCCCUGCCUUCUGUCCCUCACAUUCAAAGACUGCAGUGUCCCUUUCAGGAGAUAUGGAGGUCUAGGGGCUGAAGAGGAGGGGUAGGGAGUCCCCUCCCACCCCGUAUCCCUCACCCAGCUGAAACCUUGGGUCUAUGGGAGUCAAGCAAAAAAAAAAAAAAAAAAGAAAAGAAAAGAAAAAAGAAAAAACCACCCAAAGAAGGGUUUUUUUUUGUUGUUUGUUUUUGAGGGGGGAAAUCCCAGAAAUGUAGCUUGUUUAAUAUUUUAGGCCUCUUAUUUUUGUAAGAUGUGUAGAAUUUGCUGUUUUUCUUUUUCUUUUGACAACUCAGGAAGAAACUGACCUCAGAAAGAAUGUUAGAUUUUGGCUGCUCUCCUGUGUGUGUCCCCACCCACCCCUUCACCCCCAGGGAAGCAAGUUCUCCCAGAAGACUCAGAAAGUGAGACCUUUCUGAGUGGGGAAGAGGAGAGGAAGACCCAGAGGCCACACUUAAACCCCUGUGCUUCUUGGGACAGAAGCAGAAUGUAUUGCUAGGGCUUCCUGCUCAGGUCCAAGGUUGUAGGUAGGGGUGAGGGGGAUUGGGUUGUGGAAUUUGGGAGGAGGUGGGUCUUGUUCCCUUCCUGCUGGGCCCACCCCUCACCCUCAGCUUAGUGGGGUGUUUUCUGUGGAGGGUUGGUUAUCCAGAGUUGGGAUGCCCUUGUCUACUGCCUGCCCUAGACCCAGAAAGUAGGCUGAGAGGGCCCAAAUGGGAAGAUGACCCAGGCAGAAAGUCCCCAGAGAGGUCAUCCCACCUGGCCCUUGUCUAGGCAGAGGUCUCCUGUAACUUACGCUAAGGAGAUUUCCUUGGGAGGGAAGAUAGUCUGGCCACAAGUGUGGUUGGGCACAAAACUGACUACAGACUCCGCCUCCCGGGCCUGCUGGGAGGCCCUGAGGAGGGGUGAAUGAGCAUCCGUUACAGGAGAAGGUUCUGUGGGGACUUGUACCUCUCCCAUUCUCAUAGGGUCCUAGGUCUAGAGCUCCAGGGGCUAUGAGAGGGUGAAAGAGAUGGGCAGGCUGUAUUCCCCUGAAUAAACAUUGGGGGUUUAUUCUCAGUCCCACCCAAACUUUCCCCCGGAAGCCCAGGCUUGGGCGCCCUUCCUCGUGAGAACCGUAUUCUUCUUCCCACCAACUCUCCUUUGAUGGGGCUUUGGCAGUUUGCCCCUCCCCCUCAGGGAGCCCAUUUCACAACUCUGACCUUUGGUCCAAAGGUGGGGGGGACAAGCUGUCACCCCGAAUCUUCUUUCUCCCGCCCCAGCCACCUUUCCUGUUCCUCGCCACCCUUACAGCUCCUGCAGUCUCUGUACCACCUCCCACUACUAGCUGGAAGGAAGUCCGUGGGGGACAUUUCAGGUGCCAAGGUGCUGAGGGCCUGUGCUGGCUUAGGAGUGCUAACAGGAAAGCUGCUCUGUUUCCCCCCCUUUUCCCCCUUGGUCCCUGGCCUUCCACUCCUUGGAGCUGGCUGAUUGCAGGGCUUUGGUGCCUCAGAAGCAGUGGGUGCAGGGUCUUGGCUCUGAAAGGCCCUUGCGGGGAGCAGGAAGUGAGCAGGUCCUCUCAGGUGUGUA